UAUAAAUUUUAUCUCUAUGUUCUUAUAUCGAAAAAGUGUAAAGAAGUCACAUUCAAAUCUCUGUCUGAUGUGUACUCUGCAUCCUAUUGAAAUACGUACUGUAACAUCACAAAGCCAAAUGCUGAUGGUUGCAGUUCUAACAUUAGAGAAGUGGUCAACAGGCUACAUCAGCAUCUGUACUUGGUGUAUUUAUUCUCAUCAGGACACAACCAACUUACCAGUUGGUAUUGCCUAAUUUGAUUACUCGACGGCAGCCAACUGACAUGGCCAUCAGACUGAGGUUAAGCCGCAUUAAGACAGCUUUUCGUCUCGUUUGGAGAGUCAGUUUUGAGUUUUGGGUAUCGCUUGUUGUUUAUUUCUUUGUGUGCUAUCUGCUCUACUGGCUCUAUGGAACCGUGGUUGCUUUCCUCCUGAUUUGCUGCUUCAGUGUAGUUGUACUCUACUUCACGGAGGACUCGUUUUUAUACUAUCCACAAAUACCUAGCAAUUCGCGGAUUUUUGUACCUCUGCCUUCAAUGUACAAUCUACCAUUUGAGAACAUUUAUACUAAGUCCAUUGAUGAAACUUUUCUUCACAUGUACUUCAUUUCACAGCCUGACCAUCUAUUCAAGAAGUGUCCAACAUUACUCUUUUUUCAUGGUAACUCUGGAAAUAUAGGACACAGGCUGGAUAACGUCAAAGGCAUCUAUGAUAAUGUACGUUGUAAUAUACUGAUGAUAGAAUAUAGAGGAUAUGGCCUUUCUCAGGGCUUUCCUUCAGAAGAAGGCUUGUACAUGGAUGCACAAGCAGGAUUGGAGUACUUGUAUUCUCGUAAUGAUAUUAAUACUAAUGAAAUCAUCGUUUUUGGACGAUCCUUAGGAGGAGCUGUUGCUAUUGAUAUAGCUGCAAAAGUUAAUUUUUCACAAAGAAUUUGGUGCCUUAUUAUUGAAAAUACUUUUACCAGUAUACCUGAUAUAGCUACAAUUCUAAUGAAAUCCAAAGUAUUGCAGUACCUUCCUUUAUUAUGUUAUAAAAAUAAGGUAUUUACAUAUUUUUUCAUUCAAACUAUCAGAACGUACUUAAUAGAUUUGUUUGAAGCUUUAGCUUGGAGAAGCUCAGAGGACCUCAAGGGCCUGUAA